AAAAAUACGGUCCAUGUUCCAACCAUCGAACAUUCGAACAACACUCGGGAUCGCUAUAUCGUUGCUCACGAAAACGCACGAUCUCUAUCUCGGCUAAAUCGUUAACAAAGAGGCAAAGACUGAGUUAACCAGUUGCGCUGAGCGGUUCAUGCGUAAGCGGUGUCAUAUUCUGUGCGCUAAGGAAAGCAGUUGGCGAGGUAAACAAAACAAACCCGAACAUAUGAUGCUGCAGCGGCAAAGCUCGCUCUGAUCCAAUUUCGAACGAAAAUCUAUUCACUUUCAGUACGUUCUGACGGGUCUCGACGGGAUUUUUGAGGGACGUUUUUAUUUUUGGAGGGGUGAAAAUAGAGCAUGGUGGUGUGUGGAAAAGUAUGAGUGCUCGUCGAAGAUGGAUCGUCGUCGGGGCGCCUUUUCGUCUAUCGUGUGCUGGUGGGUGUUUUGCAUUGUGUUUUUCGGUCACUACGAAGCAGCCGAUGGUCAAUCUGGAAUAUGUGACAUGAAGGGAUGUAAAUGCGUCGAGAGGUCUGGAGGCUGGAUGGUGGUCAAUUGUUCUUUCACCAUGGACCAGGAUUUGUUAUUCGAACAAGACAGCAUCCACAAAAAACUGCUGGAGAUAUUCAUUGUUGGUGGAAACUCCUUGGUCUUCCAAGAAAAAUCGUUCAACGCCCUUCCAGGUCUUUCCAUCAUUUACAUAGGCAGUGCAAAAACUGUAAUCGUUAAGACUCAUGCCUUCUUCAACUUGAGUUCACCUAGUCUAAGAUUUGACGUAGAAAACUGUGAUAGACUCCUCGUGGAAUCGGAAGCAUUUAUAAAUUCUAAUAGCACCGUUAUAACCGACUUUAACAAGGUGGGAUACUGUAAUGUACAGUCAACAGCGUUCAGCAAAUUAGUCAAUGCAACUUUCCAAAAUAUAAGUAAGCUAGAUUUAGUGGAGAGAUCUUUCGAAAUAACCAAAAAGGAUGGGAUUUUCCGUCAUGGUCCUGCUACUAAGAUCACCUUCAACAAUGUACAUAUACACAAUGUUCCAUCGAAAACUUUCUUCUCUCCAUUGGCGGAAAUCAACAUCCUGAACAGCGAAAUCGACGAAAUACAUUCGAAAGCCUUCUCCGCCACCCAAAUAACCAUGAUUUAUAUAUUCAAUUCAACCAUCAAGUGGAUAGGAUCCGAGGCCUGUCCCACCAUCUCCCUUAUCGAGAACUUCAAGAUCAGCAAGUGCAACAUAUCUCGCUUGGAAUCUGCUGCAGUCUUAUGUGCCAUCUCAAAUCUUAGUAUAUUGAAUUCUAGAAUACAAACGAUCGAAACAGGCGCGAUAAAUACCACUUCCGCUGUGAUUGAUCUAGUUGGCAACGAAAUCGUGGACUUCAAAUCGUCCGCCUUGGGAUUCGAUAUCGUGUGGAACAAAAUACUUAUCGAACAAAACAUGAUCAAGAACUUGGGAGCUAAUUCCAUCUAUAUUUUUGGCGAAAUGACAUCCCAAGAAAAUCACCAAUUCUCCUUCAUCAACAACGACAUCUUCCACCUGGAGGAAAACUCAUUGAGUUUCAUGUCUAUCAUGGACGAAAGCAGCGUAGAGUUUGAAGAGAACUAUUUCAACGUUAAAUGUAACUGCUUCAUGGACACUUGGCUGGAGAAACUUUUGAAGACCAAUAGGAGUAUCAAUAACGUCAUGAAUUCAAGUUUUUGCACUGUAGACGAACUACUGGCGAGAUGCUACGAGUUAAAGACUGGUUUGAUCAAUAUGAGGAACUUCACAGAUUUAGUAUGUGCUCCUGGCAAUGUUUUAACCUGCGAACCUUAUGUUGGUGAGGAAAAGAUUGUAAAUAUCACCAAUCCUGUCUUCCUUGAUGCCCCGCCAGCAGAUGAUAGCAAACAAGUUCUUCUCCUGACUAUUAAAGGUCUGGUCUUAAUUGCUGUAAUUUCAACCGUCAUAUUUUUAUUCAUUGUGGGAGGCCGUUGGGUCAAACGAAAUUGGUAUUUAAGAAAUAUGCACUACAGUCCCAAUGAAACUAGUAACGACGAAGAAAACACAAUAGUAACAAUGGAUCAAGAAAGCGAAGAACCAAAAUUAGAACUCCCUGAAGAACUGACUUUAGAAUAUUUAGAAUACCUCAAAAAACGACUGGACGAUCCAGACACCCAUCAAGAAACAACAGAAAUGAUCGAAAAACUUUACGAAAUGUUUGUAAUAGAAGAUAAUUAUGAUAACAAUAAUAAACAAGACGAAGAAGCGCAUUUGUAUGAAGAACUAGCGAAUAUGCAGGCGCAACCUGCUGACCGAAAAAGUACGGACACUGUACAGAACGGCCCCCUAAGCAUUCUUCGCAUGAUGGAGGAAAGGUUCAACCUUCAAUUCAUCGAUACCGAAGAGGACAGGUCGAAAUCCUCCCCUUUUCUGAACGAUUAUUCCGAGCCUUCUGAUGCUGCCGUCCACUUGUACUCAGAACUGAAGCAGAAUCAGAUGCAGAACGAGAGAAACGAGAAAAAAGACUCUUUAAAAUCUGGCGGCUCUGGUAAUAUGGCUGCCAGACCUUUACCAAAUAAGCCUGACGAUCUGUACAAUAGAGCUGGACCUUCGUCUAUUGGUUGAUCUCAUUCGAAAUUCUUAUCGGCAAAAUUGUGAACUGAAUUAAAUUUCCGUGUUUAUGUGAUCAAUGUCAGAAGUGCCUCAUAGGUGAAGAUGUACCUUCACAGUACUUCAUUUCUAUUAUACUUAACGAGAAAUGCGUCCACUUCAGAGCGAAUAUUUUUUCAUGUCUAUUGUUCAUCAAUGAACCCUACUUUUCUUUUAAACAAUGUGAGUUCAAUAUCAAAAUGUUAAUAAAAGUUAUUCUAAGCAUUAAUUUUCUGUAGAAAUCAGAAAACCAAAUUGUUAUAUCUGAACCAUUCUGUGAAUUUUGCUUAUGUGAAAUAUUUCAUGCUAUGGCUUUUUUUCAAAAACUAUCAUGACAUAGUUAUCCUUGAGUUAAUAUAUGAAUUCUAGUCUUGCAUAAUUCGUUUAUACUUAUCCUCUUGGAUUAAUUUCAUGUAAUUCUGUUCAAGCAAAUUUAUAGAAUUAUCAAAUUAUUGCACUGAAGAUCAUGAAAGAGUUACCUCGAACAAACAGAAAACACACACAUAUUAAUGUGAAAUCUUGCCGUGCUGUGAUACUGUACAGAUUUAAUAAAAGAAUAAUUAUUAUCUUUUAUAUAACGUAGAUCUUAGGAAAGGAUGCUGUUAUAAAUAUGUAUAUUUUGUAUUAUUUUAGUGUAUAUGCAUUUGUAAUAUUUUAUUAUCUUCUAUCUCAAUAAAUUUAUACCUUGAAAAAA